AUGUUCUUUUGCUUUUGGUAUGGUGUUUAUUUAACCUCAUCACUGCUUUUGGAAAAGGUUGCUUUCCAGUACUUGGCUUUUGGAGACUGGAAUGUAGGCAUUUCCAUCUGCGAAAAGCUGCUAUCGUACUAUUCUCGCCUUGAGGGCUGGUGGGAAUUUACAGGUGCCAGAAUCAACCGGCAAAUCGCCACCGAAGCGGUCUCAAAUGGCCGUGGAGUUGAGGAGUUAGAACAGGUUCUUUUGAACCUUAUAAAGGACGAAUCAUGGGAAGCUUGCCAUCGCGUCAUUGAAAAAAUCAACAGUAUUGAUGGCCAUGUUACAAUUCAAAAAUUGUCCAAAGGCGUUGUUGAAAUAUCGGAUUUUUAUUCUAUCGAUUGGGAUGGGUCCGUUUUAUCUUUUAGAGCCCUCGUCAAUUCUAAGCUACACAUUCUGGAAUCUAAAAUAUCGUUAAUAUUUACCUCCAUCGAUGGAGGCGAAGACUUUGUCUUUGAGGGAAAAGCAGUCUUUAGCAGAAACUUCAAUCCCGAUUUAGAGGCCACGGAGGCACCUUUGUUUGAUCCUAUUUUGGCAAAAAAUCUAGAUCGCCCAACGGCCGGCAUAUGUUUCCAAUUUAAUUGCCACUCCUUUUUUUCAGGGUCUCUUUAUAAAUUGUUAACCCUUUUGCCAAAGAAAAGUUCCAUUGAGAUCGGCCAUAUACGGUUGGAUUUUGAAUCGGCUAUUCACUUUGAAAGGAUAAAUUUUAACGAUUUACUUGUCAAUUUAAUACACGAGAGGAUCAAGAUAGUUUCCAAAAAUAUUUGGAACCGAUCCAUCGUGCCUGUUCUGUUUUCUUCGCAAAGGAAAAACAAGACCUCUCCCUUCCUCCCAGAUCUAAUCGCCGCGUGUUGCUUCAGUAGGCCACUGCAUAGCUAUGUUAUUGUGCGAGCGUGGGUACAAUUGGAAGAUGCAACGAAGAGUUCUGUGGCCGAAAAAUCUCUUGUGCCCUUCAAUUUAAUGGUCAAAGUUUGGUGGGGCCAACGUCUUAAAGACUGCGGCCGUUGUGCAUCAUCUGUCAUCGUCACCAUUGGUGAUUACCACGACUCUUGGGAGCUCAUUGAAAAGAGUCCCCAAAUUCAUAUUCCAUUGGACCCGUUGCGCAUUGAAAGUCUUUUUACUUGUCGAUUCCGAUCUUUGAUAUGUGGCGCGCGUGGGAGUUACGCUCCACUUCCAAAGGCCGUAUAUUUUUUACAAAACCCCGACCAAGAGCAUCCUAGUAGCGACUAUCAAAUACAAUUUGAGGAUGCAACACGUGCAGAUUUGAAGCUUUUAAUCGAUUUUUAA